ACACCUUUAAUUCUUGUCGUUGUUACGUCCCUAGUAAAUGUUUCAUCUACUUUUAAGAAGUGAAUUGAAGAAAAGUUUCUUAAAUCUUUCAUGUAUCUAAACCUUGACCUAUACUAGUUUUUCUGCCUUAAGAGCUAUGGAAAUCUUUACAAUGCUUUUCGUUUUAUCAUCUUUCCUCUUCUCUCCAAGCAUCUCCGCUGCAAAAGAUAUCAUCACUCCGACAGUAUCGCUCAGAGAUGGAGAGUCCCUUGUUUCCUCCGGCGGAACAUUCGAACUAGGAUUCUUUAGCCCAGGUAAUUCGAAGAAUCGAUACGUUGGAAUAUGGUACAAUGGAAUAUCUCCUCAAAUUGUUGUGUGGGUGGCCAACAGAGAAACUCCACUUACUGAUCAUUCUGGAGCUUUGAACAUCACUGAUGGAGGAGUUCUUGUUCUUUUCAGUGACAAAAAUGGCAGUCUGUGGUCAUCUAAUUUAACUUCAAGAACCCUAAGGAGCCCGGUUGCUCAGCUCCUGGAGUCCGGCAACCUUGUUGUGAAAGACGGAAAUGCUGACAACUCGGAGGGCAACCUUGUGUGGCAGAGUUUUGAUUAUCCAGGCAACAUCUUACUACCAGGAAUGAAGCUUGGAUGGAACUUAGCGACAGGUAAAAACAGGUUUUUGUCUUCGUGGAAAGCCGCAGAGGAUCCAUCUCCAGGUGACUUCUCGUAUUCCAUAGAUCAUAGCGGAUACCCCCAACUAGUCCUUCGGAAAGGUCGUGUUCCACACUAUAGGUUGGGGUCAUGGAAUGGCCUUGGUUUUACUGGGAGUCCUGAACUUAGUCCUAAUGAAGCAUUUAAAAUCGAAUUUGUGUCCAAUGAUAGUGAGGCCUAUUACAAAUUCGACCUCAUGCGCGAUUCGAUGCAUUCGAGAUUGGUACUCAACCUGUCUGGUGGUUUGCAGCGGUUCUUGUGGAUUGAUAAAACACAUAGCGGGAACAUGAUUUACUCUGCUCCAGCAGAUGGUUGUGACACUUACGAUUUGUGUGGUGCAUUCGCUUUCUGCAAGCUUGAUUCUGUUCCUUUAUGUUCAUGCUUGCAAGGUUUUGUACCAAAAUCUCCAAGAGACUACUGGACUAUGAAAAACACGUCUUCAGGAUGUCUUCGUAAAAGUCCAUUGAAUUGUACGAAUCAAGAUGAAUUUCAGAAGUUCAUACGGGUGAAAUUGCCAGACACAUCUUCGUCACGGAUCAAUAAUACCAUGUCUCUCGAGGAAUGUAAGAAAAUGUGUUUGACAAACUGCUCUUGCACAGCAUAUGCAAAUUUGGAUGUUAGGGGAGGAGGAACUGGCUGUUUGCUUUGGUUCGGCGACCUCAUUGAUAUAAAAGAAUUCGACUCUGUUGGGCAAGAUCUUUUUGUCCGGAUGCCCCCCUCCGAAUUAGAUGGCGCUAAGAGAAGCAAGCACUCUGGUGUACAAAGGAAAGUGGCAAUCAUAGUCUUCUCUGGGGCAGUAGUCAUGGGAAUGCUAAUACUAGGAUUGGUUUUCUACAUACAGAAGAAGAAAUCGAAAGCGCGAGGAAACAUGAAAAACAUACGUGAAAAGAACUUUGGUUUCGAAGGUGGAAGCCAGGACAUGGAGUUGAUAACAUUUGAUUUGGCCACUGUAUCUAGAGCCACCGAUAACUUCUCAGACAAUAACAAGCUGGGACAAGGUGGUUUCGGACCAGUGUACAAGGGAAUCCUGAAGGAAGGGCAAAAUAUAGCAGUGAAAAGGCUUUCGAAAUAUUCUGGGCAAGGAACCAAAGAAUUCAUGAAUGAAGUAGUAUUAAUUGCUAAACUUCAACACCGAAAUCUUGUAAAGCUUCUUGGUUGCUGUAUUGAAGGGGAUGAAAAGAUGUUGAUCUAUGAAUAUAUGCCAAACAAAAGCUUGGACUACUUCAUAUUUGACGAUACAAGAAGUAAAUUCCUCAAUUGGGAUCAGCUCAUCAACAUUAUCGGAGGAAUUGCUCGAGGACUUCUCUAUCUUCAUCAAGAUUCUAGACUGAGGAUCAUCCAUAGGGAUCUCAAAACCAGUAACGUUUUACUAGAUAAAGAUAUGAACCCAAAAAUAUCUGAUUUUGGCACGGCUAGAGAAUUUGGGGGAGAUCAAACUGAGGAAAAUACUAAUAGAGUGGUUGGAACAUAUGGCUACAUGUCUCCUGAGUACGUGGUCGAUGGACUCUUCUCAGUCAAAUCGGAUGUUUAUAGCUUCGGUGUGAUGGUGCUGGAGAUACUUAGCGGGAAGAAGAACAGGGGAUUUCAUCAUCCAGACCACCAGCUUAACCUUCUAGGACAUGCUUGGAUACUUUGGAUUGAAGGAAGGCCAACAGAAAUAAUGGAUGAGAAGUUAGAUGGAUCGUGUGCGCCACCAGAAGUGUCACGAUGCAUUCAUAUAGCUCUACUGUGUGUGCAGCAACAACCAGAAGAUAGGCCAAACAUGGCAUCUGUGGUCCUAAUGUUGGGUGGGGAGGGUUCAUUGCCUAUACCCAAGCAACCUGGUUUCUUUACUGAAAGGAACUCGGUUGAAGCAAAUGCUUCUUCGCCAACCAAGUACGAAUCCCAUUCCAUAAAUGAGAUGAGUCUAACGCUGUUAGAAGCAAGGGAUUAAAAGGCACUAGGUGCUCCUCCGGCGACGACCAGGGACCUAGUGCGUAUGAUUAAUUAAAAAAAUAAAAUGCAAAUACUUUUUUUAAAGGGAGACUUUGGAUGCGGUCCCUAGUUAUGAACAGUCUUUGAUUGAAA